AAAAGACAUAUAACGCAAAUAUUCUUGAAAACAGAAGAUGUUUGAUGCUAAAAUCCCAAUAAAUAAAUACUCGUACCUUCUUUUUAAAUAAAUCCGUAAACGGAAUAAACACUCGUGGAGGACGGAAGUGCUUAAUACAUUACGAUCAUCAAUAGAAUUGAUUGGAGUUAUAAUUAAUUGCGACGUAUUAACAAAAGAACGAGAUAUAAUGGGUAUACAGGUUAUGGUGUGAUCAAACGAGGCUUUAAAGGGACUUGUUCAUGUUUUGCAAGGCUUCACAUAGGUGAAUGGACGACCCACUGAAGAAUCGAAAGUUACCUGACGUGUUCAGCAAGCCGGUGACGUCGUCACUUUACGUGAAACCGGUGACUGACGUCAUGAAAGCGCCGAUGAGGGACGUCGUCACGGAAAGCGGCGCCAAUGAUUCCAUCUUGGACCGACCAAGUCUCAAAAUAGAAGAACACAUCCCUGAUGUGAUCCAUCAACACGCAUACAGUCCGUUUGAGAAAGUAAACGACCAUGACCCGUUAAAAACGGCGCACAUUGAUGUUCUUGACCACCAGGAAAAUAGACAAUCGGAGAAACGUGAGAAGAAGCACGUGGACAAGUGGUCGAUCUUGACCUUGGAAGAUGUAGAAGUUGAUGAAGAGGAACAAGCACGAGUACAGCGGAACCUUCAUCAUGUUCAAGACUUUUAACACAACCCUUGCAAGCUUGCAGGAUUAUACAACGGAACCUUCAUCAUGUUCAAGACUUUUAGGACAACCUUGCAAGCUUGCAGGAUUAUACAACGGAACCUUCAUCAUGUUAAAGACUUUUAGGACAACCUUGCAAGCUUGCAGGAUUAUACAACGGAACCUUCAUCAUGUUCAAGACUUUUAGGACAACCUUGCAAGAUUGCAGGAUUAUACAACGGAACGUUCACCAUGUUAAAGACUUUUAGGACAACCUUGCAAGAUUGCAGGAUUAUACAACGGAACCUUCAUCAUGUUAAAGACUUUUAGGACAACCUUGCAAGAUUGCAGGAUUAUACAACGGAACGUUCACCAUGUUAAAGACUUUUAGGACAACCCUUGCAAGAUUGCAGGAUUAUACAACGGAACCUUCAUCAUGUUAAAGACUUUUAGGACAACCUUGCAAGAUUGCAGGAUUAUACAACGGAACGUUCACCAUGUUAAAGACUUUUAGGACAACCUUGCAAGAUUGCAGGAUUAUACAACGGAACCUUCAUCAUGUUAAAGACUUUUAGGACAACCCUUGCAAGAUUGCAGGAUUAUACAACGGAACGUUCACCAUGUUAAAGACUUUUAGGACAACCUUGCAAGCUUGCAGGAUUAUACAACGGAACCUUCAUCAUGUUAAAGACUUUUAGGACAACCCUUGCAAGCUUGCAGGAUUAUACAACGGAACCUUCAUCAUGUUAAAGACUUUAAGGACAACCUUGCAAGCUUGCAGGAUUAUACAACGGAACCUUCACCAUGUUAAAGAAUUUUAGGACAACUUUGCAAAAUUGCAGGAUUAUACAACGGAACCUUCAUCAUGUUCAAAACUUUUAGGACAACCCCUAAAAGCUUGCAGGAUUAUACAACGGAACCUUCAUCAUGUUCAAGACUUUUAGGACAACACUUUUGCAAGAUUGCAGGAUUAUACAACGGAUACUUCAUCAUGUUCAAGACUUUCAGGACAACCCUUGCAAGCUUGCAUGAUAACAUUAUGUUCGUGACUUUAAGGACAGCCCGUGCAAGCUUACAGUAUAAUAUUUUGUUCGUGACUUUUAGGACAGCCCUUGCAAGCUUGCAGGAUAAUAUUAUAUUCGUGACUUUUAGGACAGCCCGUGCAAGCUUACAGUAUAAUAUUUUGUUCGUGACUUUUAGGACAGCCCUUGCAAGCUUACAGACUAAUGUUAUGUUCAUGACUGUUUAGGACAGCCCUUGCAGGCUUGCAGGAUAAUAUUAUGUUCGUGACUUUUAGGACAGCCAUUGCAAGCUUUCAGGAUAAUAUUAUGUUAUUGACUUUUAGACCAAGCCUUUCACUACUGCAGGACCUCAAUUAUGUUCGGUACUAUUGAACAGCUAUUGCAGCAGUGCAAUAUAAUACAACCAUAUCUGAUU